AUGAAUCGAGGCUGUGUUGUAUCAUUGGCUUUGUGGCUGGUCUCUCCUACACAGGCCAUGGCGACAACCAACGAUGUCUUCAACUUUCCACCAAGUCGUGCCCAGUCUUCCCCGGCCAAGAGUCGGUCCAGUGUCUCAGUUCAGGUUUGGCUGUGUGCCGGGGGAUUGCGUGAUCCCCCUUUUCUUGCAGCGGAUACCUAG